UUUCUUUUUUUAUCUUUUUUUUUUCUUUUCGGGUUGCAUAUGGAGACAGGGAAUAAGAAGGGGUGUCAGUGUUCCUCCACCUGCUAUCAGCACUCCCAGCAAGAUGAGGCUCCAGCAUGCCAGGCUCCUGCUGCAGAAGAGGGAUCACUUACUACCAGGCAGGGGCAGGGUGCACGCUGUGGUCACUUGUGUGCGAGAACCCGGGAGGACAGUCAGCACAGGUCCUAGGAAAGAGAGCAAUGUGGAAAGCGCGGCUUCCAUUCUGGGAAAGAGAUGGAAGGACACUGCAGAGACAGUUAUCAUUGGCGGCGGAUGCGUGGGGGUCAGCCUGGCAUAUCAUCUUGCCAAGGCUGGCAUGAAAGAUGUGGUGUUACUGGAGAAGUCAGAGCUUACAGCCGGAUCUACAUGGCAUGCAGCUGGCCUAACAGCUUAUUUUCAUCCUGGGAUAAACCUGAAGAAGAUCCAUUAUUACAGUAUCAAGCUUUACGAAGUCCUAGAAGAAGAGACUGGACAGGCUGUUGGCUUCCAUCAACCAGGAAGUAUCAGAAUUGCUUCAACUCCAACUCGUGUGGAUGAACUCCGGUACCAGAUGACAAGGGGCCGAUGGCAUCCGAAUCCUCAGUAUUUGAUUGGACCAGAAAAAGUGAAGGAACUGUUUCCUCUGCUAAACAUAGAUAAGGUCUUAGCUGGAUUGCACAAUCCUGGAGAUGGUCAUAUUGACCCUUACUCCCUGACUAUGGCCCUUGCAUCAGGGGCCAGAAAAUACGGUGCACAGUUAUACUUUCCAGCACAGGUCACUAAUCUAACACCUAGACCUGAUGGGACCUGGGACGUGGGGACCCCUCAUGGGACAAUUCAUGCACAAAGGAUUGUGAAUGCUACCGGAUUCUGGGCUCGAGAGGUCGGGAAGCUUUUAGGACUUGACCAUCCUCUUAUCCCUGUGCACCAUCAGUAUGUGGUUACUGGAACAGUUCCUGAAGUAAAAGCCUUAAAGACAGAACUCCCAGUUAUUAGAGACCUAGAAGGUUCAUAUUACUUGCGCCAGGAGCGUGAUGGGCUUUUAUUUGGUCCUUACGAGAGUCAAGAAAAGAUGAAACUACAAGAUUCCUGGGUGACAAAUGGAGUCCCACCAGGUUUUGGAAAAGAAUUAUUUGAGUCCGAUCUGGACAGGAUCAUGGAGCAUGUGGAGGCAGCGAUGGACAUGGUUCCUGUGCUGAAAAAUGCAGAUAUUAUCAAUAUUGUUUCUGGACCUAUUACAUAUUCUCCUGAUAUACUUCCCAUGGUUGGACCGCAUCAAGGCGUCCAAAAUUACUGGGUGGCCACCGGUUUUGGCUAUGGCAUCAUUCACGCUGGUGGAAUAGGAAAAUUCCUGAGUGACUGGAUCAUUGGGAAAGAGCCUCCUUUUGACCUCAUUGAACUGGACCCAAAUAGAUAUGGAAAAUGGACUACGACAAAAUACACAGCCCUGAAAGCAAGGGAGUCGUAUGGAUUGAACAACAUUGUUGGUUAUCCUAAGGAGGAAAGGUUUGCUGGAAGACCAACUGAAAGAGUGAGUGGAGUUUAUGAAGAGCUCAAGACUAAAUGCUCCAUGGGCUUCCACGCAGGAUGGGAACAACCUCACUGGUUCUAUAAGCCAGGAGAUGAUACUGAAUACAAACCUAGUUUUCGGAGAACAAACUGGUUUGAGCCAGUGAGGCGAGAAUAUAACCAAGUGAUGGAAAAAGUGGGAGUGAUUGACCUGUCACCAUUUGGCAAAUUUAUUGUAAAAGGGAAAGACGCAAUUACGUUUUUGGACCAUCUGUUAGCAAACACGAUUCCAAAGGAGGGUUUCACAAACAUAAGCCACAUGCUGACUCCAAGAGGCCGUGUCUAUGCUGAGCUCACUGUUUCACACCUGUCCCCUGGAGAGUUUCUACUCAUUACUGGAUCUGGAUCAGAAUUACAUGACCUGAGGUGGAUAGAAGAAUUUGCAACACAAGGAAAGUAUAAUGUGGAGAUUGUGAAUGUGACAGACGAGGUGGGAGUUCUCGGAGUAGCAGGACCGCUAUCCAGAAAGGUUCUUCAAAAAUUAACAUCUGAGGACUUGAGUGAAUCUGCAUUCAAAUUUCUACAUGGUAGAAGAAUGAAUAUCGCUGGUAUCCCAGUAACAGCCAUAAGAAUAUCCUACACAGGUGAGCUGGGCUGGGAGCUGUACCACAAGAGGCAGGACACAUCGGUGCUGUACAACAAGAUCAUGCAGGCCGGGGACGAAGAAGGGAUUGAUAACUUUGGUACAUAUGCCAUGAAUGUGCUAAGACUGGAGAAAGGUUUCCGUGCCUGGGGAGCAGAGAUGAAUUGUGACACAAACCCUCUGGAGGCCGGACUGCACUACUUUAUAAAGCUAAACAAGCAAGCGGACUUCAUUGGCAAGCAGGACCUGCAGCAAAUAAAGGAAAAGGGGCUUCAGAGGAAACUGGUGUAUCUCACCUUGGAAACUGAUAACGUUGAUCCUGAGGGAAAUGAAAGCAUCUGGCACGAUGGGAAGGUUGUUGGUAACACCACAUCAGGAACCUUUAGUUACUCCACCAACAAGAGUUUGGCUUUUGCCUAUGUGCCUAUCCAGCUGAGUACGCCUGGACGAAAACUGGAGGUGGAACUUCUUGGCAAGCACUACCCGGCCACAGUAAUACAAGAACCACUUGUGUUCACUGAACCAACCAGGAACCGCAUGCAGAAAAAAGGGGACGGUGCUAAUCUCUAACUAUGUACAGCCAACAUGGUCACCAUGAAGACUUCACCAUGAAGAUGGCUUCUGCGGCACCUGUGUGUUAUUUUGGUGACAAGCCUCAUAUUAAUGCAAUGGUCGUCUACUAGAGAGCUGCAGAAAUGAUCAGAGAUAGAAGGCGUUCCACAAACCCUGAUCAUACCCAAGUAUAUAGCUAUAUCAGCGCCAUGGACUAUUCUGCAAUGGCCUAUAGGAUUAUUUUUAGAUCUUUUGGUAUGGGUUUUUAAGAACAAAUGUUAAUAAUUAAAGGAAUCCUCAAGGUUAAACAGGG